GGAGGAGGAAAAGGGCCUGGCUCCUCGCCCUUUGCGAGGCGCCUGCGCACUGAGCGUCCGCUCGCUGCCGUUCCCGCUAUGUGUGGGGCGUGUGUAGAAUAACGUUAUUACCCAGCGGAACCGAGGGGCCCAGGAGCUCGACCGCGAAGUCAACGACGAUAGACGACGACUGGGUUGGGAGAGGCCAGCGUGCCAGAGACGCCUGCGCCGCGCCCCGCCUCCGGGUCCGGUCCCUCUCCACCGCGAGGGGAUAAUGUAGCUUUGCCAAAGAUUCAGAAGCUAAGCAGAAAUGAGCUUAACAUCCUGGUUUUUGGUGAGCAGUGGAGGCACUCGCCACAGGCUGCCACGAGAAAUGAUUUUUGUUGGAAGAGAUGACUGUGAGCUAAUGCUGCAGUCUCGUAGUGUGGAUAAGCAGCAUGCUGUAAUCAAUUAUGAUACAUCUGUGGAUGAACAUUUGGUGAAAGAUUUAGGCAGCCUUAAUGGGACUUUUGUGAAUGAUGUAAGGAUUCCAGAGCAGACUUACAUCACUUUGAAACUUGAAGAUAAGCUGAGAUUUGGAUAUGAUACAAAUCUCUUCACUGUAGUACGAGGAGAAAUGAGAGUCCCUGAAGAAGCUCUUAAGCAUGAGAAGUUUACCAUUCAGCUUCAGUUGUCCCAAAAGUCUUCAGAAUCAGAAUUACCAAAAUCGGCAAGUGCCAAAAGCAUAGAUUCCAAGGAAGUAGAUGCCGCUGCAGAAGUGCAGCACAGACCUACAGAAGCCCUGAAAUCUGAGGAGAAAGCCAUGGAUGUUUCUGCUAUGCCCCGUGGUACUCCAUUGUAUGGGCAGCCAUCAUGGUGGGGGGAUGAUGAGGUAGAUGAACAAAGAGCUUUCAAGUCCAAUGGUAAACCUGAAGAAAAAAAUCAUGAAGCUGGAACAUCAGGGUACAGCGUAGAUGCCAAGCAAGUUGAGGAACAGUCUGCAGCAGCAAAUGAAGAAGUACUUUUUCCUUUCUGUAGGGAACCAAGUUAUUUUGAAAUCCCUACAAAAGAAUUUCAACAGCCAUCACAAAUAGCAGAGAGCACUAUUCAUGAAAUCCCAACCAAGGACACACCAAGUUCCCAUACAGCAGGUGCAGGGCAUGCUUCAUUUACCAUUGAAUUUGAUGACAGUACCCCAGGAAAAGUAACUAUUAGAGACCAUGUGACAAAAUUUACUUCUGAUCAGCGCCACAAGUCAAAGAAGUCCUCUCCUGGAACUCAAGACUUGCCUGGAAUUCAGACAGGAAUGAUGGCACCGGAAAACAAAGUAGCUGACUGGCUAGCUCAAAACAAUCCCCCUCAGAUGGUAUGGGAACGGACAGAAGAGGACUCCAAAAGUAUUAAAAGUGAUGUUCCAGUGUAUUUGAAAAGGUUGAAAGGAAAUAAACACGAUGAUGGUACACAGAGCGAUUCAGAGAAUGCUGGGGCGCACAGGCGCUGUAGCAAGCGUGCAACUCUUGAGGAACAUUUACGACGCCAUCACUCAGAACAGAAAAAGAAGGUCCAGUCUACUGAAAAGCAUCAAGACCAAGCUGUUACUAGCUCUGCGCAUCACAGAGGGGGGCAUGGUGUUCCACAUGGGAAAUUGUUAAAACAGAAAUCAGAGGAGCCAUCGGUGCCAAUACCCUUCCUACAAACUGCAUUAUUAAGAAGUUCAGGGAGUCUUGGGCACAGACCAAGCCAGGAGAUGGAUAAAAUGUUAAAAAAUCAAGCUACUUCUGCUCCUUCAGAAAAGGAUAAUGAUGAUGACCAAAGUGACAAGGGUACUUAUACCAUUGAGUUAGAGAAUCCCAACAGUGAGGAGGUGGAAGCAAGAAAAAUGAUUGACAAGGUGUUUGGCAUAGAUGACAAUCAGGAUUAUAAUAGGCCUGUUAUUAAAGAAAAGCAUAAAGACCUGAUAAAAGAUUGGGCUCUCAGUUCUGCUGCAGUAGUAAUGGAAGAAAGAAAGCCAUUGAGCACACCUGGCUUUCAUAACGCAGAGGAAGGGACAUCAUCUGGAAGCAAACGUUGGGUUUCACAAUGGGCUAGUCUGGCUGCUAAUCAUACAAGGCAUGAUCAAGAAGAAAGGCUAAUGGAAUUGUCUGCAACUAUAGAAAAUGAGGCAGAUAUUGGUGAAGCUGGCAUUUCACUGAGAAUUACUGGCUCGGCAACAUCCUUGGUUAGUCAAGGAGAAAGAAGGAGACGAACUCUCCCCCAGCUUCCAAAUGAAGAAAAGGCCGUUGAGAACUCCAGAGCAAAGGUGGCAACGCAGAGGUCAGAGAUAGGGGAAAAGCAAGACACAGAACUGCAGGAAAAAGAAACACCCACCCCCGUGUACCCAAGAGAGAAACAAGAGGUGGACAGAGGCCCAGGUAAAGUGAGCAGGGUGGUGAAUGGUGAGAUUGCCACAAGUGGAGAUGGUAAAGCCCUCCUUCACGCAGGCAGCUCUUCUGGCAAGGAGAAGAAUGAAAAUGAUAAAGAAACAUCUUUGGUGAAACAGACAUUAGCUAAAAUCCAACAGCAACAAGAACAAAAGGAGCAGGCCCAGUGGACACCUACAAAAUUGUCUUCAAAAAUUUCUACAGGCCACAUCGAUAAGUGUAGGGAGGAGUCUUCUAAGCAAGAGUCCCAGCUUGUAGAAAAAAUGUCAGGACCUUCAACAAGCAAAGGAGAGCGAGUAAUACAAAGUGAGAGCAAGAGAAGAAAAGCUGAGGAGAUUCUGAAAAGUCAGACUUCAAAAGGAGACAAGAGAGAAUCUUCCAAGUCAUUAGUACGACAAGGGAGCUUCACUAUAGAAAAACCCAGUUCUAACAUACCCAUAGAACUCAUCCCCCACAUAAAUAAGCAGAAUUCAUCAACACCUACUUCCUUAGCAUUAGCAUCUGCAAGUAGACUACGAGAAAGAAGUGACUCUUUGGAUACUGAUUCAAGCAUGGACACAACCUUGAUUCUAAAAGACACGGAAGCAGUAAUGGCUUUUCUAGAAGCUAAACUGCGUGAAGAUAAUAAUAGAACUGAUGAAGGCCCAGAUACUCCCAGUUAUAAUAGAGAUAAUUCUAUCUCACCAGAAUCUGAUGUGGAUACAGCUAGUACAAUUAGUCUGGUUACUGGAGAGACUGAAAGAAAGUCUACACAAAAGCGAAAGAGUUUCACUAGUCUUUAUAAAGAUCGGUGUUCCACCAGUUCUCCCUCCAAAGAUGUUACAAAAUCAGGUGCUAGGGAGAAAAUUGAAAAGAAAACAAAAAGUCGUUCCACAGAUGUAGGUGCAAGAGCAGAUGGUCGAAAAUUUGUCCAGUCCAGUGGAAGAAUCAGACAGCCUUCGGUAGAUUUAACAGAUGAUGACCAGACCUCUAGUGUACCUCAUUCUGCCAUCUCUGAUAUUAUGUCGUCUGACCAGGAAACAUACUCUUGCAAAUCUCAUGGAAGGACUCCACUUACCUCAACUGAUGAGCAUAUACAUUCCAAACUGGAAGGAGGCAAAGGAACAAAAUCAAAGACUUCUCCUGUUGCCUCUGGUUCAUCCAGUAAAUCAACCACUCUCCCCAGGCCACGUCCCACCAGGACUUCCCUGCUGCGUAGAGCUAGACUAGGUGAAGCUUCUGACAGUGAACUUGCUGAUGCUGAUAAAGCAUCUGUUGCUUCGGAAGUGUCCACCACAAGUUCCACAUCAAAGCCACCCACAGGAAGGCGGAACAUCUCUAGGAUUGAUUUAUUGGCUCAGCCUCGAAGAACAAGACUUGGUUCAUUAUCCGCCCGUAGUGACUCUGAAGCAACAAUAUCUAGAAGUAGUGCCUCUUCCCGCACCGCAGAAGCCAUCAUUAGAAGUGGAGCCAGGCUAAUGCCAUCAGAUAAAUUUUCUCCUAGAACUAGAGCUAACAGUAUCUCUCGACUAUCAGACUCCAAGGUCAAAAGUAUGACCUCGACUCAUGGUUCUCCUUCAGUAAAUUCAAGAUGGAGGCGCUUUCCUACUGAUUAUGCUUCCACCUCAGAAGAUGAAUUUGGAUCAAACCGUAAUUCCCCUAAACAUACCCGUCUACGUACUUCUCCAGCCCUGAAAACCACUCGCAUGCAGAGCACUGGAUCAGCAAUGCCUGCUAGUUCUUCCUUCAAGCACCGGAUUAAAGAACAGGAAGACUAUAUCCGAGAUUGGACCGCCCAUCGAGAGGAGAUAGCCAGGAUCAGCCAAGAUCUUGCUCUCAUUGCUCGGGAGAUCAACGAUGUAGCAGGAGAAAUAGAUUCAGUGACUUCCUCAGGCACUGCCCCCAGUACCACAGUAAGCACUGCUGCCACCACCCCUGGCUCUGCCAUAGACACUAGAGAAGAGGUAGGAGAUCUUCAUGGAGAAAUGCAUAAGUUGGUUGAUCGUGUUUUUGAUGAAAGUCUCAACUUCCGAAAGAUCCCUCCAUUAGUUCAUUCUAAAACACCAGAAGGAAACAAUGGUCGGUCUAGUGAUUCAAGACCUCAGCCAACAGAGCCUCCUGAUCACUUAACAAUUACACGACGGAGAACCUGGAGUAGGGACGAGGUCAUGGGAGAUAAUCUCCUUCUGUCAUCUGUCUUUCAGUUCUCUAGAAAGAUAAGACAAUCUAUUGAUAAAACAGCUGGAAAAAUCAGGAUAUUAUUUAAAGACAAAGAUCGAAACUGGGAUGACAUAGAGAGCAAGCUGAGGACUGAGAGUGAGGUCCCCAUUGUGAAGACCUCGAGCAUGGAGAUUUCUUCUAUUUUACAGGAGCUAAAAAGAGUUGAAAAACAAUUGCAAGCGAUCAAUGCCAUGAUUGACCCAGAUGGAACUUUGGAGGCCCUGAACAACAUGGGAUUUCCCAAUGCUAUCCUGCCAUCACCACCAAAACAGAAAACCAGUCCUGUUAAUAACCACAGCAGCCCGGGUCAGACACCAGCUCUCUGCCAGCCAGAAGCUAGGGCUCUGCACCCUACGGCGGCAAAUGCCUCAGCUGAGUUAGAGAAUGCUGAAACCGAGGCUGAUUUCAGUAUACAUUUCAAUAGGUUCAACCCUGAUGGGGAAGAGGAAGAUGUUACAGUACAGGAAUGACAUCCUCUGGGUUGUUCCAAAAGUAAUUACCCAUGGAAUGACUAGGAAUUGGAAGCAUAAUGUUGACAUACAAAACAAAAGAGCUUGGUCAGCAACAAUCUUGUUAUCUUUGUCUUCUUAAUUUUAUUUAUUUAUUUUACCUCUAAUAUAGUGUCCUACCAAUCUUUUCAAACCACUUAGAUAACUUGAAGCACACUUAGCAGAAAGAGGUUACGGCAGCUCUGCCUUUUGUGGUUGUAGGAUUUUCAGAUUGAACUGUAUCGUUGCAUCCUUUCCCUUCAUAGAUCUCUGUUUUCUUUAAGCCAUGCUGUGACCUACGAGCAACUAAAAUACCCAACAUUUCUGAGCCCUGUGUCUCCUGUGCGAAGCUGUUCCCUGAAAUGGACUUCAUCUUCAGCUGUACAGGUGUUAGACCAUCCAAUGUGCUUCUUAAUACUAGGGUUUAUAUUACUAUUCAUUACCACUGGACACAGUGACACACUGCUCUCUGUAGUAAAGCAAACCUUUCACAACCAUCAUCCUGUGUCCUAAAAUUUUCCAACAUAGAUGUGAUUUAUAUAACUUUGUUGCUAAGUAACUUGUCUUGGGGUUUAUGGAAAUUAACUAUUAUGUUUGCACUAAGAUUUUUCCGGGAGUGAUAAAUGGACAUAUCUAUAUAUCAAUAAGGACUAACUGUCUUUUUGUACAUAGGAAAUUGAUAAUACUGUAUUUGUUUUAACCCCACAGUGUUUUACUCCACUUUCAAAAAGAACGAUUUGGCACUUUUUUUCUUCUUUUUUUAAUGGAAAUAAAACUUUGUCGCUCCUUUUAGAUUAAAUGACAGCUAGAAAGAUUAGACUAGACAGAUAGUUUAGGUGGAGUAUAUUUUUUAAACUAAGAACAUGUAUAUUUGUCCUGUGUUACCAAGUUUUAUGUGACAGUUGGAAAAAAAUUCCCCUGAAAGGAUCAUGAUGUUAAAAAUUUUCUUCACUAGGAGACUUGGAGAACCAAUAGUCAUAAGAUUAGUUGAUAGUUCCACUCCCAAACAUGGAAUUGCUUCUGUGUGUUUCCCUGUAGGACCCAAUAGUAAGUCCUGUGUCAGUCUUACACAUUUAUAAGGACCCUGCAAGACAACAGCGACUAAGGCUCUGGGCUCAUAGCUACUGCAGAGAAAGCCUGUGGAACAUACCUUCUUUAAUUUUGUUCUGUUUUCAUUUUUAUUUCCAGUAAGUUCACAUUUGGAUAAGUUUUAAAAGGAAAAAAUUACUUUUGUGUUUCCAGAACACUAUAAUUUGGGUGACUCUUAAUUCUGUUAAAUAUUAGUAGGCCUAGAUUUCCCCUAAGGCCCCAGCAGUCUCUAAGAGUAAACUGCAACUUUUAUGAAAUGGUCUUUCAUACUGUAGCAAUAACCUGUGUCACAUUUGUUUUAAGGAAAAAAGUAACUGUACACUUCAACAUUUUUCAGGAUUUAAGAAAUCCUAUUCUGUUGGGUCAGUUAAUAAAAAUGCAAGAUCUUUUUGUAGAGAUGUAAAAACAAAAAGUCUAUUGUAUAAUGGAUCUGAUUUUUAAGUUAUAAAAAGGAAAAGGAACUGUUCUUGUAAAGCUUAAUUCACAGUUCUCAUAAAAGGAACACAUUUUAAAAGAUUUUUAAAGAAUGUGAAAGGAAAGCCAAAUGCCAUGAAGGAACAAACAAAACAUUAAAACAGAGAGUCCAUUUGAAGAAAAAGUUGAAAUAAUUGCCAUUGCUCCCUCCUUAGCUGAAGUUUGGUACUGAUUCUGUCCACAUGGAAUUAGAUGGUAAGGAGUUUAGGAGAGUGUUACAAUCUCUAUUUACAUUAUGUUUUGUUUACACAGUUUUGUUCAAUUAUAAACAUUUGGCCUUUUACUAUGUUAUUUUUAUUUUGUAUGAAUACAUUAUUCUCCUUAUUUAUUUUUAUUACA